AUGGAAAAUGAGUGGUGGAUUAAGAUCGCAGACUUCGGAAUUAGCAAACGCAUCGAGGAAUCGCCAGAAACAUCAACAACAUUGCGGGGAACAACGGGCUUCAUUGCUCCCGAGCUUUACGGGUUUCUCGAGCCGGGGAGCCCAUAUGCAGCAGAUAUUUGGUCCUUGGGUGAGAUCACCUUUCAAAUGCUGACGAAGGCGCCAGCAUUUAAGCCGAUCGGGCGGCUGUCAUCUUAUACCACGCAACCAGAGAGAUUCCCAGCAUCUCUUCUGGAUGAGGCUGGGGUAUCCAAGCUGGGGAUCGAGUUUGUUCGAUCGCUUAUGCGACCCGUCCCUGAUAGUCGACUCACAUCGGAAAUGGCAAUCCUCCAUCCUUGGAUCAAACCGUUGUCGCAAAUACCUCUAUUACCGCGCGCCGAAGCCCUGUUUCAACCUACCCCGACAUUACAAGGUGUUUCUCCAGGAGGCAAAGACAAAUUUCCAUCAAUAGAACAAAUCACAGAAGAACUAUCAACUGUUCGUCCACCCGAAAUAAUUCCGAAGGAAACCCCAAACGAGUCCAGUGGUGCAAAGCAAUCACCAACGCCUGAUGAAGAGAUGGAAGAGAAGGUCGGCGAGGAAGACUUGACAAGAAGUCAAAGCUCUCUAGCUCGGGAGCCAAAAGCCCCAUCUGUCUCAUCGGAUAUUUCCAAAACCUCCAGCAGCCAAGCAACCAGUAUAUCAUCCCAGCCCUCACCACCCAGCGAUCGGCUUACGGAAGAGUGGUGGACCGGUCAUCUCAGGCACGCAGGGCUUCUCGGCACAACUUCCAACGAAAGCGCGAUCGGAGCUUCGCCAAAAAAGGCGGAAUCUAUUCUCAGGGGAAUUUUUGCAAAGUCGAAACGUGUUCCCGAGGCCAAAGAAGAUAAGGAACCAACGUGUGUUGAGCCAUUGCGGCCUGCUAGCGGGAUGAAGAAUGCAGGGGCAUUUCAUAGCCAAUCAUUCCUAGAGGAUCCCAUUUCCGUGCCCGGAUUCAAGUCAAAUGAGUUCAAGGAUGAAGUCAAGAUGCACGGACCAGGAGAAUCUAUCAGCCAAGAACCUGAUGUGCGAUGUCUUGCGGACACUCUGAUGCCGUCUUUGAGUUUAGAUGAAAGUCUGAGCCGCGGCAUCGGUGGCCUAGGUCUCUCAAUACGUCAAAGACCGGUAUUACUCGUAUCUCGUUCGGCGGACGAUGCGAAUCUGGAAGCAUGCCACUCUUCAAAGGCACGGAUGUCUGAGCUAGAACAAAGGACCAGGCUCGAAACCGAAUUUCGGAACCGCACUCGGUCACAGACGGUGGAUGAAUCAAGAGAUCCAAAUAGAGGUAUUGUCGCGCUGCCAUUGAUUGAGUCAGACGAUGAGAAAUAUGGAAGGUCACCGUCACAAUCCAGCAAACGGGGAUUUGGCAGCAGAAGUGGUGUCGUUAACAAGAUCGCGGCUGGAUUUGGCUUCGGGAAUGGUGACAGCGAAAAGGCAAAGGAAUCGUCCUCCUCCCACAGUGGUUUCGGAUAUCGAUUCACCCUCCCCAUUCAAGCGAAAAGGCACAGACAAAUAUCCUUGUGUCCAUACAAUCUACGUCUAGUGACCGCCUCGGGGGAUCCUACCGGUGUUGAGGUUUGGAGCAUUCCCAAAAGAUGUCGAAUAUCAACCGAUAACAUCUUCAAGAGCAAUUCAUGCAUUGCUAUAUCUCAUGGAGGAACUCUUUUCGCCUCCACAUCGGGGAAUUGUCUCACCGUUUGGAGCAGUUUUGACGGAUCCAGUACCGCAAUUACAUCGACAGAAGGCUUGAAGAAUCCCCAGUUCUCCCACGAUGGCACUCUACUAGCAGCCAUGUCAAGACAAAAGAAGAUCCACAUCUGGCAGGUAUUCGACCAUCAUAAUCUUGAAUUGCAAAAGCUAAACACUCUGCAUCUGGAUGAUAAUGUUCUUGCCUUUGCUUUCCAGACCAGGAGAAGAAGAAUCGCCGUGGCUCUGAACAAUGCCAUCAAGGUUUUCGGAGUAUUUUCAAAUCAGGAUCACAUCGAUGGAAUAUAUCAAUUUGAUCUUUCCGUCUUGGGGCGUUCCUUCAAACCGAAGAGGGUGGACAAGGAACGAGGGCUAGUAACGGCCCUAUCAGCAAAUGGGAGGAUGACAGCGCAGGCUUACCCGGAUGGCCUGAUUGGAUCAAUACUCUUCAUUCGUGACCUGAAUGGAAAGGCUGACAAGAGAAGCCGGAAGUUCGUUGUGUCUCCUAUUAUCCAGACUAUGACUUUCUCUUCAAGCGGUGAAAUUCUGGCAGCUAGCACGAAAGGCCGUGAUGUUAUUCUGUGGGAUGUUGUUCAAGGAAAACAGAUUCUCCGACUUGAGAAUUGUCAUGAAACAUCUAUCACAUGCAUGUUUCUUGCUGAUGAGGGAGAGCUGUUGGCAACUUGUUCUAGUGGUGAAGGUGUCAAGUUUUGGGGAACAGAUGAAAGUAUGGACCGCCUGGCCGAGAGAGCGAUAUAG